CAGAUCUGCAUAUUCCUGUUGGUGUUCCUCGGUCUCGUCUCAACCUUGGCUGUCCUUUUCUAUGUUUAUCCUGUGAAGUGCGAUUGGUGCGAAUACCUCACCUGCAUCCCAAUCACAGACGAGUUUUGCGAGAAUGGCUUGCAAUGCUGUCCCAGAAGCAGAAAGAGCUACUUGCAGAAGUGUGGCGAGGGCUGACACCUGUGGCGCAAUACAUUGGAUCUGACGCGCUCAUUAGAAUGUUUGCGACCAUCCCCGGCACAAAGACAUACUUUUCCCAUCUAGACAUUAGCCCAGGCUCCGCCCACCUUUUCUCCCACGGGAAGAAGAUUGUCCUGGCCAUCGCUGAGGGAGCCCAAGACAUCAGUCAGCUGACAGUCACACUGGCUCCUCUGCAGACCUUGCAUGCCUACGUGCUUCGGAUAGACCCGACUAACUUCAAGCUUUUCUCACACUGUAUGCUCGUCGCCUUGGCUGUUCACAUGGGCGAGGACUUCACACCGGUUUUACACGCAGCAAUGGACAAGUACCUGUCCGCUUUUGCAGCAGUGCUGGCUGAGAAAUACAGAUGAGACUCAAUGUAUACCAACACCACUCCGGUCAUUCCAUAUAUUUAAGUA